CUCGGCAGCCAGUGAUUUUUAUCACCCCGGCUGCUUCUUCGCAGAGGAUCUCUGGUUGUUCGGAAAACGUGUUUUUGGUCCACCGGUUAUUAUCAUGCCGAAGGUGAAGACGAAACUCCAGUCGCGGCAGCAGCGCCGCGAAACGAAAGGAUCAGGACCAGGCAUCCGGUUCAACACUGGACUUGGACAACAUAUUUUGAAAAAUCCCCUCAUUGUGAACAGCAUUGUAGAAAAGGCUGCAUUGCGUCCAACAGAUGUUGUUCUAGAAGUUGGUCCUGGCACUGGGAACAUGACAGUGAAAAUGUUAGAAAAAGUAAAAAAGGUCAUUGCUUGUGAACUUGAUGUAAAGCUGGUUGGUGAACUCCAGAAGAGAAUCCAGGGCACACCUUUGGCCAGCAAGCUUGAAAUAAAGAUUGGAGAUGUAUUGAAAUCUGAUCUGCCCUUCUUUGAUGCUUGUGUGGCUAACUUGCCUUAUCAAAUUUCUUCACCUUUUAUUUUUAAGCUGUUGCUGCAUCGGCCUUUCUUCAGGUGUGCAGUGCUUAUGUUUCAGAAAGAAUUUGCUGAUCGUCUGAUUGCCAGGCCAGGCUCUCCUCAGUAUUGCAGGCUUUCUGUUAAUACUCAGCUAUUAGCCCGUGUUGAUCAUCUCAUGAAAGUUGGAAGGAAUAACUUUAAGCCACCACCCAAAGUUGAAUCGAGUGUUGUACGGAUAGAACCAAAGAAUCCACCACCCCCCAUCAACUUCCAGGAGUGGGACGGUCUACUGAGAAUAGUCUUUGUCAGGAAAAACAAAACUCUCUCAGCAGUUUUUAACUCAAAUGCUGUGAAGCGACUGCUGGAACAGAAUUACCAAAUUCACUGCUCACAGAAUAACUUGGAAAUUCCUAAAGAUUUCAGUAUUGGAAAUCUAAUACAAUGCAUCUUACACGACACUGGCUACUCAGAAAAACGUGCCCGGGUAAUGGAUAUAGAUGACUUCAUCAGACUUCUGCAUGGCUUCAAUGAACAAGGUAUCCACUUCUCAUAAAGGAAAGGAAAAUUACUUUUGCUGGAAUGAACUGAUCUAUGUAUAUAAAUAUGGUAUUGGAAUUUCACCCGUCUUGAAUGUAAGCUAACCUGGGCUGGCAUAGAAUCAUCAGCCAAUGGAAGAGAAAAUGGCCAGUUAGUGUGGAGAAGAAUGUAACCACUAACCUUGGAUGACAGACUUUUGUCAUACUGCUUCCUGCUUCCAGCUAAAGCUAACACGUGGAUUCUUAAUACAGUUAUGGAGGUCUUUAGCAGUGAACAAGAGUGCCAGCCCUGUUGCUUUCAAGCCCAAUUCCCUUACCAAAGAUUUCAUGGAUUUUCUCACUUAAUGAGGCCUUCAGAUUUUUUGUUAAUCAGUAUACAUAGUCUAUGUAUUUCCUUUUGUGUAUUAUAAUGAGAGAACUAUAUUAUAUGAGGUUUUCAAGCUGUAUCUGGUUUUAAAUAAAGAUAUAAAAAACCCCUUUCAGCAUAAAACUUUAAA